CACCUCACUGGCUGGCGACUUGCCGCUGCUGACGAUCUUUGUUUACGUUUUUGAAAUAGUGAUCGAUUCGUAUAUAACAUAAUUAAACUUCAUUAAAAUAGUUAAUUAUUCGGUGACUAAUUUAUUAAAUACUUUGGAAUAAACUGUAAACUAUUCUAUAUCAAAUCGCUUGUAAGAUUUUUAAAGGUCACUUCUAUGUGAAGUGAAAUACCAUUUGAAAUACUGAAAGAUUCGUCGCAGUGCCCUCGUGUCCCAAAUUCGUAUUGUUUUAUCAAUAAUUUUAUUAUUGAAUAAUACUGGUGACCUAUAUUAGAGUUUCCUUUGUUGCCAUACGUGCUGGGUUAUUUAAUUUCAUGGAGCAAAAAGUUCUUUAAAAAACAAUAUGAACAAGCAAAAAGAAUGUGUUUAACUUUUUUAAUUUGUAAUGGAAGCUGAUUAUGUUUCCUAGUUUAGGGAAAACGUCGUUUUCGCCUACAUAUAGUGGAGUCAACAAGAAACAUAGCAAGUUAACUUUCACUGGCAACUUCACCCCAUGUCACCGCCUCUUUGAUAUAAACUCUCCAGAGCACAGGAAUUCCAAACGACAAGACAUUCUCAACACUGUGAUGCAAAGAACAGAGUCUAUAAUGCUAGAGCAAACUGAGAAUGAAUUUAAUCCCACGUAUGAGGAUCCAAGGGAUGUUGUAGGUAAACCUAUCAAACCUCCAAGAAAGAGAAACAUUCAGGGUAUUGCAGUGGUUUCACCCAGAGGCAGCAAAGAGGGAAGAUCUUUGCUUAGAGAGCAAAAACGUAAGCUAACUAAGAAAUAUGAGAGCUUGGUAACUGCUCUCAUGGAUAGAUGUGAGGAGAAUGUUAUUAUGAUAUCUGAAAAAGAAUCUCAAAUAACUAAAUUACGUGAAAAGCUUAAAACUGUGUUAGAGUACAACAGAUUAUUUGCCAAUGAGAACGAUCGGCUUAAAGGCGAAUAUACCACAUUAGCAAACUAUGCGGAAGAAUGCAAGAAAGUAAUAAGAGAAGAAAAAGAGAGGAAUGGAGAGUGGGAAAAGAAAUAUAAGAAGUUAGAAGAGAAAGUAAAGCAUUAUGAAGUGCCAGAUAAAGAACAGUCAACAGCGAUUCCUUUAGUAGAAGUAUGUAUGAACUGUAGCAGUCGGCAAAUCGUACUUAAUCAGGCGAGAGAACAAAAUUCACGACUCCAAAAGGACAUGCAGGCUAUGAAAGAUGUAUUGUACAGAUUGAACGUCCAACUAUCGCGCUAUCAAGAACGCUUACGGAGCAAUGUUCACACAUUAAACACUGAUGUGAAAGAUGUAUUCAAACCGUCGGAAAAGUAUGACGGACUCGAUUCGUUAAUCACAGCUAGCUUAGGACAGAGACAAGAAACUGGUAAUGAAGAAACUUAUACUAAGCCCGCUUCUGAGGAAGGGACAUCUCGAUUUGAAAGAGUCGUAGACUUAUCAGGACUAUUGAGUGCACAAGCUUUAGCGCCUUUGUUUGAUGCAUUUCAAGAAAACUUACAAGAAAAGGAUAGCCUCAUACGAGACUAUGAAAAACAAUUCGAAAACAUGAAUAAGAAAUCAAAAGAAAUCAUCACAGAAAACAAGGCAUUGGUCGAAAAAGUGAAUUCAUUAGAACAGGAGUUGAUGCAAUUGAGGCAGAACCAUAAGAAACUCAUAGUCGAGAAAGAGACAGGUGAUAUUGAAAAAGCUACGAUUUUAGAAAGAGCAGAAAGAGCGGAGUCUAAGUUGAAGGAAGUCUAUGAAUUGUAUGAAGGGAAAAUGGCGGCAAUGAUGCGGGACUACGAAACGGUCCAUCGGGAGUACUUCUCAGUGAAAACCGCUCUAGAAGCGUCGGCGGGCAAGAUGGCGCACCUCGACGCGAUGAGAGCCAAGACUGUACCCGCGGACCUGCAUGAGAGGAGACUGGAUGAUUGUAAACGACUGUUGGAGGAAUUGAAACAUCAAUACGGAAUGGAGUCAGAACGAAAGAGCGAACAAAUCAGGAAACUAGAAGAAGAUUUGCAUAAAACAGAGGAAAAAUAUAACAAAAUCUGUCAAGAACAUGAAGCUGCCAAAGAAGAAUUAAGAGCCGCACUCAAAAAUGUCAGGCUAUACCGUAAAGCUGCAGUGGUGUUCCGCCAUAGAGCUCGCGCCGCCGCCGCCCGAGCGAGCCGCGCACGAAGGAGUAAGAAAAUUCAAAACACCGAGCCUUUGCGCAAAGCUUUGGACGCGCUGGAGAGGAUCAAAUCGGAGAUUAAGGUAGUGAAGUCCAGAGCGCAUACGUCAUUAGAGGAGCUGGAGCGCCGUAUACUGGAGCAGGAGCGGCGCGCGGCGCACGCGCAGGCCGAGUACCGGCGCGAGCUGGAGCGCGCCUCCUUGGCGCUCGAGCACAAAGAGGGCAUCAUCAGGAGUCUCAUAGACAAGGUGGCUGAUGUUGAGGAAGUCAGAUUAAGCCAAACCAACACGCAUCGUCUUCAAGGUAUCGUCUCCGAUUCAUCCGAAGGGUCUUCGCCAAAAAAUCAGGACAAGAAGGAAAAGUCCAACAAUCAUAUUUCACAGGUGUCUCCGGGUACAACGUACACUAUCAAUAGUCCAAACUACCCGAAUUAUUACAGACCAGGUGGUGCAUGCCGUUGGAUAGCGACAUGUCCCAGUGGAUACAAUUGCAGAUUGGACUGUGCCCUAGAAAUACCGCAGACCUCGACAUGUGACCAGGGUCGUUUCCUCAUCUCAAAGUCGGGAGACGCAAUGCUAACAGGAGCAGAUUUCUAUUGUGGUCAGGGGUCUGUCAGCGCAGUUUCCACUGGUCAAAGGAUUUCUUGGGGUCACACUAGUCCGCCGACUUAUCCAACAGGCCGAUAUAGUUGUAAGCUUUAUGCUCAGGCAGCUACAACUGCUCCAACUUGCAGCUGUGGCAUAAGGAGAACUAACCGUAUUGUCGGCGGUCAGCAAACUGACCCCUAUGAAUUCCCCAUGAUGGCUGGAGUCAGGUACGUCGAUCAAGACGAAAUCAGGUGUGGCGCUGUGAUCAUUGCCAACAACUACGUGCUCUCUGCAGCACAUUGCGUCGCCGGCAAGCGGCCUGUCGAUAUCACGGUGGAGGUUGGAGUUUACAAUCAAGCUAACUCGCCACCAAGACGAAGUCUCACAGUGUUUUCAAUAUUAAUACAUCCGCAGUACACAUCAACGAACUACGAUUAUGAUAUAUCAAUAAUUCGCACACAGCAAAUGGAGUUUAACUAUUACAUCAGCCCUGUGUGUCUGCCCUUCAAGUACGCCAACUACGAUUUCACUGGCGCGCAACUUACGCUUACCGGAUGGGGAACCACAUCGUUUGGAGGCCCUGUGUCCUCGGUGCUCCGAAAGGCGGACGUGAGCGUGAUCAGCCAGUCCAGCUGCCAGAGCAGAGUGUCCACACUCACGCCGCGACAACUAUGCACGUUUACUAGAGGAAAGGAUUCCUGUCAGGACGAUUCUGGCGGACCCGCCCUGUACACAGAUCCGCAGACAGGCCUAGUGUACAACGCUGGCAUUAUCAGCUUCGGAAAGUUCUGCGCUUCGGACAGCCCUGGGAUAAGCACUCGGAUUACUGCUCUACUCAACUGGAUAACGCAGAAUGCGCCUGCUAAUUACUGCGUCAAACCAUAGUCAUAAUAAUAUAAACCUAUAUA